AUCGGUUCGGAGCGAUUCGCCUUUCGAUUUCAAAGCAAGCGCGCGCUCUCUCUCUCUCUGUCUCUCUGCCUCUCUCUCCUGUCGCAUCCCUCCUUGAUCAUCAAGCCUUCGAUUGACAGGGUCCGGUCGACGUUUCCAUCCUGAAGAAACCCUUUCAAGGUCCUUAUUGGCAUUUCAGACAUAAAUGUCAGGUGGAACCAUGAGCGAGAGUGAUAAUUCUUUUGAUGCUGGGGAACUCCUAGAAAUUGGCACAAGAUGUAGAGAGCUUGGAAAAGAAAGGGAUAUGUUAAGAGAAUCACAAUCUCGAAGCUUUGAACUAAUCAAGAAACUAGAACAUCACGUAAAUUCCUUGUCUGAUGCUCGUGCAAAAGAUGAGAAGUACAUCCGACAGUUGGAAAAAGAGUUGAUGAACUGCUCUCAAGAGAUUGACUAUCUGCAGGAUCAGAUAGGUAUGAGGACUGCUGAGGUAAAAUUGCUCGAAGAGCAGGUGCUCAUGCUAGAAUUGAAAUUAGAGGACAUGGAAACCUUAGAACAGAAGGUUGGCAUAUUGAGUGAAGAACUGAGGAGGUCUGAUUCAGUGAGGGAGUUCUUGAUACAGGAACUAGAGACAAAAGAAGUGGAACUUAUUAGAUCCACUUUAUGCAUUGAGAAGCUAGAGGAGUCUAUUUCUUCUGCAGGAUUAGAGUCACAAUGUGAAAUAGAGAGUAUGAAGCUUGAUUUAAUGGCCUUGGAGGAGAACUAUUUUGAAGCUAAGAAAGGUCAGGAUGAAGUGACACAAGAAAAGGAAAGGAUAAGCAGGUUGAUGGAAGAGGUUGAGGUUCAGUUCAAGGGCGCAAAGGGAGUUGUGGAUUGUUUAGAAAAGGAAAAUAAAGAAUUGAGGGAGAAGCUUGAUUUAUCUGAAACAAAUGUGCGAGAGUUCUGUCGAAAGAUCGAAGAAUAUUUUGAAGAACUGCUGGAUGACAACAAAAGGUCAAAACUUCAUUUCUUCAAGGGAGAAAAUGGGUGUGACCUCACUUUUCAGAGGGACAUGGGGGAAACCUUUGUUCAACUUCUCUCCGAAAUAAAUGCUCCAGAUGCAGUAACAAAAGAAAAGAUGAAGAAGAUGUCCCUCCAGAUACUUGAAUAUGAACUUCUCGUGAAGCGGCUUAAGGAAGAAUUGAGGGAGGAAAAGUUGAAGGCAAAGGAUGAGGCAGAGGACAUGGCUCAAGAGAUGGCCGAACUAAGGUACCAAAUUACUGGUUUACUUGAAGAAGAACGCAAGCGCCGUGCUAGUAUCGAACAAGCGUCACUUCAAAGGAUAGCUGAGUUAGAAGCACAGGUUCAAAAAGAACAGGGAAGAUCAUCUACUACCUUGAGCAUCUCCAACAUCCAGUGAGCAGUAAAUAGAAGACUCUAAUCAGGAAUAUGGAAGCUAGUUGCUUGACGAUAAUAGUUGAAAGAAAGGUAUUAUAUGACGUGGCCUGUCCAGAUCAUGAGUUUUCUCUGUGGAGAUGAAGAAGAAAGCUACAACCAGGAGGAACUUGCUUGUAAUCUUUGGAGCAUUGGUUUUCUCAUGGUAAGCCGUGACCUCCCGAUGUGCAUCAUUGUCUGGUGAGUAGGACCGUCAUGAUUCAAGCAAAUUCUCAGAGGUCAGGUUUACAUACUACGGCGUCGAAGAGUUUGUUUGAAUCCCGAUGGUCUUAAUUACUGGGUGAAUGGUGCGCAUGAGAGGUCGGGGUUUACCAUAAGGGAACCAUCGGGUUCGGGUGUUGCAUGUCAUUUUGCGCGCUUCUACAAAGCGCCAUGUUUUCUGUACUCGUGCAAAAUGUGUGUAAGCCUUUGAGAUUGCAAUGAGUGGGACAAUGCUUUGACUGGUCUUCAAUUACAAGGUAUUCUUUUGGAA